GUGGAGUCUAUGCUGUUGUGUGGGCGUGGCUGACAGCAGACGGGAAGAGCAGACACUUCCCUCCAUAAACAGAACUGGCCUCAGCCUCCUGCUAUUGUUCUCUGUGUGUGUGUGUGUGUGUGUGUGUGUGUGUGUGUGUGUGUGUGUGUGUGUGUGUGUGUGUGUGUGUGUGUGUGUGGUGUAUAUGGUUUCUUCAGAGUAAAGUGCAGGUGAACACUGAUGCAAAGUCUACAGGUUUCCACCUGAGCAGUUAAUGUCACCGCUAAGCCCCGCCUCUCUACCUGCGGAGUCUGCGGUGUGGAAAGAAGAGCUGCAGUGUCGUCUCUAAAUAACGAAAGAACCUGCCGACUUCCGGGAAGCUUUUAACUGUGUACUGGGGCUGAUGAUCAGAUGUGACCUUUGACCCCUCACCUUCAGAGUCACCUUUCCAUCUGAGGGGGGUCAUCAUCAUGGCAACAACUUCCUCCCUGCUGAGCCCCGGUCUGGGUCUGGUCCUGGUGGAGUUUCAUUACAACUACCAGGGUCGGGACGGCGUGCCGGUCUCCAUCAAACCCAACGAGCGCUACGUCCUGCUGGCAAAGACCAACGACCACUGGUGGCAGGUUCAGAGGGACCGCGGCUCCAAGCCCUUCUACAUCCCUGCUAAGUACGUCAAGGAGCUGCCCAUAGACUUCCCUUCGCCCUUGGACUUCGAUCCGCCCGGUCCUGAACCAGUGCUGCUUCCUGUUACGGCCCUUGUUCCCGUCCCCAUCCCUGUCCCUGUCCCUGUACCAAAGACUCUGGAGGAGCCCAGAACCAAACCGGGGGAUGAGGUGAUGAUCCGACUCAGACCCGAUGCUUCCAAAGGAUACCGCAAGACAGAGAACCGCAUGUCUACGUUUGGGGUCCCGCUGGACUUCCAUGACUCGUCGUCUCUGGUGACACCAGCAUCGCGGCAUCCCAGCAACCCUCCAGUGAGUCCCAGAGAGACUGGGACUACAAACAUGGCCGACGAUGAUGUUAGCAAAAAGCACCUUUCACAGGAUCAGGUUCACAUGGACUUGGACAAAUCCCGAGUUCCCAGUUUCAGUCCCGCAGACCCCGUCUCCACACUCAGAUCCCAGACCCAGCCCAUCCUUGUAGAAACACCGGUAGUCCCGAUGUUCCACAGUGACCACCAGGAGUCCCCCAUAGAGCCAAAGGAGGAGCUGGAGGAGGACAGCAGCGGCGAGGAAGGUCCACGAAAGGAGGAAGACUCAAACCACAUCUACGAGUCCAUCCAGGACCUGAACCUGGACCUUGAGGCUCUGGUCGGAGGAAAAGGGAAUCCAGGAGCGCCGUCUGAACCUACACCUGCCCCGCCCCUUUUACAGGACCCAAAGUCACCGAUCUACGCUAACGUCUCCUCUGUGAAGAAAACAAACAUCCCUCAGAUCUCCAUCUCGGGCUCCGCCCUCCCAUCAUCACCUCCUCCUGGCCCUACCCCCUCCAUCCCCGGUCCCAGUUCAUCUUCUUCAACCUCCAGAAUGAUGAGCCCCGCCUCCCCCCUCAGACCACAGGACAGGUGGCAGGUUCACACGGACCAGGACAGUGGGAAGGAGUUUUAUUUCCACCCUGUAACCAGAGAGACUACUUGGUCCGACCCCCACGGCCCUCCACCCCCGCCUUAUGGAGACUUGGACCAGUCCAGGGACAGCGAGGGGGGUCAGCUGACCUCCCCCUCCCCUGUGCUCUCCCCAGACUCUUCUCAGGGUUCUGCUAGUUGGCAGCAGCUGGUGGACGAAGUCUCAGGGAGGUUUUACUACCACAACCCCACCUUGGGGGCCACGUCAUGGGCUGGACCGGUGCGGCUUUCCUCCUCCUCCCCACCUGCAGAAUCCACAGCGAGCAGGAGGAACGACGACGGCCCGCCUCCGCUGCCCGAAGAAGAUUAUCCUUCACAGGUACACAAUGACGACGUCUUUACAACGAAUCCUCUGCAGCCAGUGUGUUUGAUUCCCAGAGCUCAGCUGGACCUGAGAUAUGAAAGUGGCUCUCAGUUCAGGCUGCAAGAGGUUGCACCUUUGCCUCAAAACCUGAUGGGAAAUGGAGUUUCUGGGGAGGGAACGGCUGUGCAGGUCAAGAACUGGAGACACAGCAUUGCUGAAGAGACGGUUGCUCACAGUCACAGGAGGAAUGUCUCUGAGUUCAUUGAGGCGUCUAACAGAAGACCCUCCCCCGACAGUCCUCAGACGGUUGCUCACAGUCACAGGAGGAAUGUCUCUGAGUUCAUUGAGGCGUCUAACAGAAGACCCUCCCCCGACAGUCCUCAGCUUUCUGAUCUGCACAAACUGAAGAGGAACCUGUCUGACCGGAGCUCAGUUUCUGAUCAGCAUCACGUCCAUCUGCUGGAGAAAGCAGGAAUCAUGAAUAAGACCAAAGUAGUCGAUCACGGUAAAAAGAUCAGGAAGAACUGGAGUCAGUCAUGGACCGUCCUCCACGGGGGUAUCCUCACCUUCCACAAAGACCCCAAGUCUGCUCCCACUGGGACUGCUGGUAAAACGUCACAGAUUGUUCCAGAAUACACGGUGGAGCUGAGAGGAGCCUCCGUGGGCCGAGCCGCCAAGGACAAGUCGUCCAAGAAGAACGUCCUGGAGCUGAAGACCCGUCAGGGCUGCGAGUACCUGAUGCAGUACGACACUGAGAGCAUCAUCAACGACUGGCUGAAAGUGAUGCAGGACACGAUGAGACAGCUGGAACAGGACCAUGUGUCAGAGGACGAGGACGAAGCUGCUUCUGACAAAGAGGACAAAGACAGGAAGAGAUCAACCUCCAGGAGUUCAUCAUCAGACACGGAGCAGAGACGUGUUCGGACUAAACUGCGUCGUUUCCUCCAGAGGAGGCCGACACUGGAGAGCGUGAAAGAGAGAGGCUACAUACGAGACAACGUGUUCGGCUGUCACCUGGAUACACUCAGUCACCGAGAGAACAGCACAACACCAAGAUUCAUGGAGAAGUGUAUCAGAGCGGUAGAGAGGAGAGGUCUGGAUGUGGACGGGAUCUACAGAGUGAGUGGAAACCUGGCUGUGAUCCAGAAACUGAGACACAAAGCAGAUCAUGAGGAGCAGCUGGACCUGGAGGACGGACAGUGGGAGGAGAUCCAUGUGAUUGCUGGAGCUCUGAAGCUUUUCCUGCGUGAGCUUCCGGAACCGCUUUUCCCCUUCAGCUGCUUCGACAAGUUCAUCGCUGCCAUCCAGGUUCAGGACUACAGCCAGAAAGUCUCCUACAUGAAGGACCUGGUUAGCUCUCUGCCUCUGCCGAACCACGACACCAUGGAGCUGCUGUUCAAACACCUGCGCAGGGUGAUCGAGCACAAGGAGUCCAACAGGAUGUCGUUCCAGAGCGUCGGCAUUGUGUUUGGCCCCACGUUGCUCCGCCCUCAGACCGAGUCCUCCAACAUGACGAUCCACAUGGUGUUCCAGAGUCAGAUAGUGGAGCUCAUGCUCAAAGAGUUCCAUGCCGUCUUCUCCCAGCGGUAGGGGGGACUUCCUGGAGUUCCUCUGACUGUAAGACCUCCUGGAAGCCCUCCAAACAUCAGGAAACCUGCUGAAAGACUUCUAACGUGUCGGAGAACCUUUUCAACCUUUGAACCUAAUCAUCUCCUCCUCUCUGAUCCAAGUUCCCCGGAGUUUGAACCUGGAAUGUGCUUGCUGGAAUGUGCUGGCCUCUUUCUAACGGCUGUGCCUUAAACUAUCCAAGUAGAUCUUGAGUGGAACCACCUAGAACAUAUUUUCUUGGCCCCUCCAUACAUCAGGACCAAAAACCAUGACUGGGGAUUACAAGUGGAACCAGCUGGCUUCACCGGGUACCUCUCUAACUACUGCACCUGAAAGGGAGUGGAACUGUCUAGAACGCUGGACUGGUUUCGUUAUCUUAAACGUGAGCCAUGUUAUAAUGCAAAAGACCAACAGCAACUUAAACAAACCACAUAAUCCAUUUUAUAGUAAAUCUGUUCCGAGUUUUAUAAAAGCAUGGUCAUCAGAAUUUAUGGAAGUAUGUAGAACCUUGGAACCUUUCAAGGCAACAGACCAAACAAAACUUACUUACUGAGGUACCUUAAACAAACUCAAUAUCUCACUUUGAGGAACAACUGUCCCAAAAACUUUUAGAACUCUUUGGACCCAAAAAUCACCUCCUCCUUUUUAAAAUUGGGUUGACAUUUAAAUUCAAGGGGUGUUGAACAUGUUAAGGACAUAAUGCUCUCAUAACAGGAUCACCAGGUCUUUUAUAACAGUCAGACCCUGAAUGAAACCACCUAGAACCCUGGACUGGUUCUGAAACCUUAACCAGCACCUCCACUUUGCUUUCAAGACAACAGACCAAACAAAACACAUCUACUUGGCACAUGAAUACAACCCAGAACCCAACAUCUCACUUGGAGAUAGAGAACUAUCCAAACAGGUUCCAGAUCCUUUUGGAACAUUAUAGAACUCUGCCACCAACCAUCAUCUGACCCAGAUGGAACCACCUAAGCCAGCGGUUCUAAGAGACAAGUUGGAAUAUCACAACAGACCAACAGAUCGUCGGCGCUUUGCAACUGAAAAACACAUGAAACCUCUCAAGAAUCUUCACAACUUUGAACCUUCAGGACCCAUCCGUCUCCAGGGAUUCUGCAUGUGCUGCGCGGUUUUUAAGGAAAGUUCCAGGUAUUCAAAGGUCUCAGGAGUUAAUUAACAGAACUAAUCAGCCAAGAAAAAAACUCUUCAGAACCAAAGAAACAUCGUACACAAAACAAGAUUUACACAAUUUCUGUAGAACCUCAAAUGUUGUUCUCGACUUCCUGAACCCAACCAGCCAGUGAUGCCUCGAUGCUGAGGUUCUAGCUGUUUUUUGAUCAGACUGUCCUCUCUGUCCUUUCUGACCUCUCUGUCCUUAUUGUCCUCUCUGUCCGUAUUGUCCUCUAUGGCCUUAUUGUCCUCUCUGUCUUCUCUGUCCUUAUUGUCCUCUCUGUCCUCUCUGUCCUUAUUGUCCUCUCUGUCCUUAUUAUCCUCUCUGUCCUUAUUAUCCUCUCUGUCCGUAUUGUCCUUAUUGUCCUCUCUGUCCUUAUUGUCCUCUCUGUCCGUAUUGUCCUCUAUGGCCUUAUUGUCCUCUCUGUCCGUAUUGUCCUUAUUGUCCUCUCUGUCCGUAUUGUCCUUAUUGUCCUCUCUGUCCGUAUUGGCCUUAUUGUCCUCUCUGUCCGUAUUGUCCUUAUUGUCCUCUCUGUCCGUAUUGUCCUUAUUGUCCUCUCUGUCCUUAUUGUCCUCUCUGUCCAUAUUGUCCUCUAUGGCCUUAUUGUCCUCUCUGUCCGUAUUGUCCUCUCUGUCCGUAUUGUCCUUAUUGUCCUCUCUGUCCGUAUUGUCCUCUAUGGCCUUAUUGUCCUCUCUGUCCGUAUUGUCCUUAUUGUCCUCUCUGUCCGUAUUGUCCUCUAUGGCCUUAUUGUCCUCUCUGUCCGUAUUGUCCUUAUUGUCCGUUCUGUCCUCUCUGUCCAUAUUGUCUUCUCUGUCCUUAUUGUCCUUUCUGUCCUCUAUGUCCUCUCUUUCCUUAUUGUCCUCUCUGUCCUACCUGCACACUUCUACCGAUGCAGAGUGCAACUUGGUUUGAACUUUGGGUCUGAAGGACCGACGUCAGAGUGCACAGGAUUCAACUGGAAUGGCAGGAGAAGAACCAACCAAUCACAAUCCAUUUAAAACACCUGAAAGGAAGAUAUGCCAAAGGGAGCUCUUCUGUGUCCAUACUUUUGAUACCCUUCAGCCAAUAGGCCGAAAUGAGGAAUCUCCUCCCUGUCCUUAUGGUCUGUCCAUGUUUAUAACGUCUCAGUAAUUCAGGAGGAGCUGAUGUUCCCAGUACUGAUCAAUACAAUCACCAGCAGUUAUGCACAGAAAAGUAAUUUUCCCAUAUUUGUUGACGCAAAGUUUCCUUCAGUUUUAAAUGAAUAUGACAUCUUCUUAUUAAACACUGGAUCCAAAUCA